AUGAAACCAUCUGCCUCAAGAGCGGUUCAUUCCUCUUUGUUUGCAUUUAGAGGUGACAUUAGAAUGGUGAGUUAUGUUCCCAAAAAGAAAAAGUCUGUAGUUCUCAUUAGCACAAUGAAUCACGACAGAAACAUUGAUGAAACUCAUGCAAAAAAGAAACCAGAUAUAAUAAAGUUCUAUAACGCUACGAAGGGUGGAGUAGAUCAAAUGGACCAGAAAAGUCGUUAUUACACUUGCAAGAGACAAACAAUAAGAUGGCCAUUUGCAUUAUGGAUGAAUAUGAUGGACGUCGCAGCAAUGAACAGUGAAAUUUUAUUUUCCGCCCAACAUCUGACAUACCAUAGUGGAAGAAGUGAUAAAAGGCGUUGGUCCUACGAGAUUUAG